AGUCCGGACCCCGCUAACUCUUCAUACACUGACAGAGCAAACAAAGGCGACCGGCAAGGACAUCGCAGAUCACCACGCUCAUGAGGUAAAUUGGCCAAUGCACCCGCCCAAGCAAGUGGGAGAAGUCGGUGGAUUUGGGCGAGACAAACCCGGGAUAACCGGGAUGAAGCAAAGCCGAGGUCGGUGCUUCUGGUACUUGGAGAUUGAUCUGAUGACAACUCCCCCAGCCUAGUGAGAUGUGAUGGAUUUCCGAGGCAAAAAGUAUGAGCGAGGAAGUAACUGGUCAGAUCCUGAGGUGGUGGAGUUGCUGCAGCUUUGGGCUGAUGAAUCUGUUCAGAUGGAGUUGGAGAGUUGCCUGAGGAACCAGCAUGUCUUCAACAGGAUAGCUGAAGUCUUGAGGGAAAAAGGUAUCCACAGAACAGGAGACCAGUGUCGGGAGAAGAUCAAAAAGAUGAAACUUGAAUACAGAAGAAUUAAGGAUAACAACAAAAUCUGUAGGGGUGGCAGAACCUGGAAGUUCUUUGAGGUGAUGGAUAGAGUGCUGUCCAACAGACCAAAUAUUUGUUAUAGUACUGUAGGUAACACAGUGAUAACACAACAGAUACCACCAGGUAUUCUGGCAGCAGGAGAUGGGUACAUUCAUCAUCAUCACCACCAUCAUCUGACUUCUCCUCCACUUGGUAUUUCUCAUUCACAUCAUCCUCAGGAACUAAUGGAUAUUAAAUGUGAAGAAGUGGAUUCAGAUGAGCACAGUGAGACACCUGAACCACCCCCCUCUCUUGUACUCCAGCAGAGUGGAGAUGAUCAUGGAAUGGAUGGGAGUCUGUUGGAAGGAGGACAACAUGAUGGGUCAUCAGCUAUUAGGGUGGAUGUUCCAACAGAGAAUACCAUUUCUCCAUCAGACUAUGUCAAUCCAAAUAUAGGUGGCAGCUCUUCUGGAAUGCACACUUCAGGGCCUGCAUUUUCUACCCUUCACAGACUUCGCCGGAAAAGGAAGCCACCCCGGGUGAAGGAUCCCUUAGAUGACAUUCUUCUCAAAUUUCUAACAGCACAGAGAGUAGUGGAGGAACGUUUCCUACAAAUGGAGGAACGCAGAAUGCAACGGGACAUGGAACUAGAAGAUAGGCGGAUGCAAUUGGAACAGCGUCGGAUGGAACUGGAAAGGGAGCACGAGUACAGAAUGUUCACAAUAUUUGCUCAGAUGGUGAAUGCACUUCGACAUGGUGGCUCCAUACAGACUUUGGGCUUGGACCUCGGCCAGGUCUUUUCACAGCCUUCUGAUCAAGCCACUGAAACAGUUGGUGGCCCAAGCUGGGCUUCCACCUCUAAAGAUGGUAGCAGCAGAGUGCUGCAGCAUCAGAACAAACCUUUACCUAAUGGAUUGAGAGAUGUUGUGGCUCAUGCAGAACUGAAUCCAACAUUCCAGCACCUUCAGUCAAGUAUUUAUCUAUCAAAAAGAGGAAAUGAAAUUAAUAAUUUUAGUGCAACAUUUCAGAAAGAUUAUGCCGCCUAUCAUGCAGAUAAGUACGAUGAAGAUAAAAAUCCUAAUGGCAUUAUUAAUCUGGGAACCAGUGAAAACAAGCUGUGCUUUGAUCUGCUUUCCAAAAGGUUGACGCAGACUGACGUAAUUCAGAUAGACCUGCCACUCUUGGAAUAUCCAAACUGGAAAGGACAAGAGUUCCUCCGAAUGGAAGUUGGAAAGUUUUUGACGCAUCACUGUAAGGCACCUGUGUACCUCAAGCCCGACAACAUAGUGGUGGUUAAUGGUUGUGGAUCUCUCUUUUCUUCAUUAUCUGCUGUGCUCUGUGAUCCUGGAGACAGAAUUCUACUACCCACUCCAUACUAUGGUGUUAUCAAGGAUGAUAUUUUUCUCUACAGCAAAGUCAAACCACUGCUUGUGCAUUUGGAGAGCAAAGUGACUGAUGGUGACACACGUCCAUUUCAACUAACAGUGGGAAAGCUUAAGAAAUCAAUGGAAACUGCACAGCUCCAGGGUAAGAGAGUUACGGCCAUGAUUCUAACAAAUCCUCACAAUCCCCUGGGUGAUAUUUAUUCGGCAACAGAAAUGAAAGAAUUUCUUGAAUUUGCUAAAAGAUACAAAUUGCAUGUAAUUGUGGAUGAAGUGUUCAUGCUUUCGGUAUUUGAUGAUGUGAAUUCAUUCCAAAGUGUCCUCAGCUUUGACAAGCUUCCUGAUCCACAGAGAACUCAUGUUAUGUGGGAAAUUAGCAAGGAUUUUGCAGCCAGUGGACUUCACAUCAGUACCCUGCACACUGAGAAUGCAGACGUUAUUAGUGCCCUUGGCCGACUUUCAUGCUUCCAUGGUGUUCCAGGUCCCACACAACGUAUAGUAACACAAUUACUGAAAGACCAAGAUUGGUUCAAUCAUGUUUUCUUGCCAACGAAUCGAGCCAGAUUAAAAACUGCCCACAAGUGUAUGACGAAUGAACUAAUAGCAAUGGACAUUCCAUUCCUGAACCGGCGUGCCGGCCUUUAUAUCUGGGCUGAUCUUAGAAAGUACUUAAAGAACCCAACAUUUGAAGAAGAAACAAAACUAUGGAAGCGAUUUCUUAAUAAUAAAAUCCUUCUCAGCAGUGGGAGGUCAUUUGGAUGUUGUGAACCUGGAUGGUUCAGCAUUGCAUUUGCUGACAAAACCAAUUGGCUACAAUUAGGAAUGCACAGACUUAGGAAGGUCCUAGAGGAGCAAGAUUCAGUAAUCCAGUCUAUUGAAAAAGAGCCUAAUUCUGAUUCUGAGAAUAGAACCAAAAUUGCUGAAGAUGUCAUAGAAGUUGGUGUUCAGCCAUCUCAAGCAGACCCUGCUCUCGAUGGUCUGAUUGGACUUCUUCGUGAACAGAUUCGAACAACUGACUGGUUACAAAGAAACACUGCUGAACAGUUUGCUCAAGAGAAUCCUGAAGUCCAUGAAGUUUUCUGCAAGCUUGCAGAGAAAUAAUCUGUCUUGUAAUUUACAGAAAUGCGUUAAUGAGAAUGUAUUAGUCAUUAAUUUCAGGGACUGAUAAGCUGGAAACAUAACACUGAAUUGGUACUAUAGAACUCUGCUGGUAAUUUUAACUUUUAUCUUUUUUUUACUUAUUUCUAGUUUUAUCUGUACACAAAGCCACACUUCCCAUUCUAAGGGAAUUUAUGACUUGAUGCGUUGAGAAAUGUCACUUUCAUGGGACUGCAGCACCAUCAAGACUUGCAAUUUCAUUAAUUGAUUAAAUUGGGGCAGAAGUGACCAAAUACAGGACAAGGACACCAAAAGAUCUACUUCCUUCUGUCACACAAUUAAACAAUAAUGUAGAAUCCAUUGCACUAUCCCCUUAAUAAUGAGGACAUCAGCUCAUUUAUUUUAUACAGGCUGCAAAUAAACUAAAUCCAUAGAAACCAUAUCAGCCUUUUAUUGUGAAUGAAACUACUUGAUAGGUCUCAUUUGGGUUUUUAAAAUGUUGGUUCAGAUAUUGUCAACUGCUUUCUUUGCAAUGUUAUUCGUGACUAUCAGGAGCCACAGUUGAUUUUUUAGUUGUCACUUUUUUGUGUAUUUUAGGAGAGGAGAAAGGACUUGCUCAUGAAUCCAAGGCAGAUGUUUUUAAAUCUCAUCAAAUGUAAAAUGAAACGUUCUAAUGUACAGUCCAUUUAGACUAAUGUGUAUUUAGGGCAAUAAAAUUGUGAAGCUGAACAUAGCAGAAAAUAGUGUAAAUAUAAAAAUAAUCUGCAGCAGACUGAUGAGCACUUGAAAAAAUAAAAACGGGUGGGUGAAGCCCUGCUACCAAAAAUUAGAUUUUGACAAAGGGCUGCACCUGAAACAGAACAAAUUUUCUUUGUUGCAGAUUGUGCAUUUCUACUAUCUUCUGAUUUUGUUCAAAAUUUCUGGUACUUUUAACUCCACAAGGGAAUCCACAUCCAUUGUGCAAGGGGCUGCAAGUUUGUCCAAAGCUUUGAUUAACUCAUUCAUAUUUUGAAAGCUCACCAGUCAAAUUAAAUUCCUGAUUCAAGGAUACAGUUAAUAAUGUCCUUGGAAGAUCAAAGCUCUCAUCUGUGAACAAGUAAGAACAUAAGCAAUGAAGUCUGCCAUAAAAUUCACAUGUGGGAAUGAUUGUACAUAAUCUAUGACUGCCAGAGCAUGCUGUUCUCGUGAGUGAAGUAAAAAGCUGGCUCCAGCCAUUUAAAAAAUAUUACAUGUGCUUUCCAUUUGUUUUAAAUGAUAAUAAAUUGUUGAAGAAAAAGAAAGAACAAUGAAUGGGAAUGCACAUUAUAUGACUGUACACAUGGCAUUAGGAAGACUUUCAACUCCUUCAACUAAACCACAGUAAAAGAAAGAGGAGGAUGCUGUAAAAGGAUUUCUACACCAUUCAAGUGUUUUGAGUAUGUCUCAGCAAAUCAUCUUUAGUAUUCCUGUUUGAUGCCCUAUUAAAAAUUAUUUUUUAGUUGAAAUACAUUGAGUUUUUGUGGGCAUUUUGAACGUUAGGAUGGUUAGAUGGUUUGUAGUUAUUCCUUCAGAAGAUAUUUCAUACCAUGAUAAAAUUAUAUUGUGUUUACAUUGAAAACAUUAUUCAGAAAGAAUACUAGAUGCUUCAGAUUUUGUACAUCCUAUUUAUUAAAUUUACAUCACUUUUAAUUGCAUUUAAUGCCAAAUUAAUUUAAAUAUGUGGCGGUGUUUGUGCAUCCUACUUGUCCUUUCUCGUGGCAACUCAUUUUUAGGAGGAAUAUAGUUUUUGUCAUUUGAAUGAAUACUGCUUCUCUUCUGAGGGAAUUUUUUUUUAAAUCUGGAGUUCCAUGCUUUUACAUUGGGAAGGGUUUCUAAUUUGAUGGCUGCCAUUGGUUAUGAUUUUUGAGUGCUUAAAGUUAAAGUUAUCUGUUGAAGAUGUGAAUGCUAAAUGAUCUUCCAGUUGAAGAAGCUUCCUGAAAUUGUUACAACUAUGGAAAAACCUCAGAAUUAUCAUUAUUGACCAAUGUGUUUUUUGCCUCCCUAAUUGGAUAAAAUAGAUAAAAGUUUAAAUAUUUUGACAUUGGUCAAUACAUCAUCAGAAACCUUCACCACAAACAUUACCAGUCUUUUUUAGAGGAAGAGAGCACACUAAUUCCAGCCUUGGGAUAAAAAUUAAAAGGGGAAUAAAUUACAAGAGCUAUGAGGAGACAGAAGUUGGACUAAUUGGAUAAAUGUGCCAAAUAGCUUGCACAUGUAUGAUGGGCUAAAUAGCUGUAUCACUGCAUGAUCAUUUUCUAUUUCAGACUGUGACUAUUUAUGUGAGUUAUUUUUCUCUCUAAAAGUUUAAUCAGUCUCAAACAUGGGAUUUAUCAAGGUUCACUGAAUAAAACUAAACUGAAUAGUUAAACAGGUCUACUUCCUGUUACAUCCUGCUACCUUCAUAAUUUGUCAGCUCACUGCUAAAUUUAACUUGUGUGGCAGAGAGGACCAAUGUUUUGAUGGAAUACCUUUCACAGUAUUUGGACUGAGUUCUGUUGUAUUGUUAUUUGGCAGUGUGACUUGUGAUGCUGGUUUUGUGUGGUUAAUUAAAUUGGCAGUUUCAUGGAAACACUUUUAGGGAAUAUUGAGUGUCUUGACGUCACUGAAAUGAAAUGUGCAUAUAUCUGAUUUUGUAAAUAUGAUUGUAUUCCUGUUGUCCAAAAAGAAUGAGGAACCAUGGUUGAUUUUGGGGGGAAAAUUAAAAGAAAAAAGGAACAUUUUAAAAAAAAGUAUGUAGUUCCUUAUUGACAAGCAUUUGUCAAUUUUCCAUUUUAAAAUGAAAUAUAAUGAUAGUAUUUCCCCGUCUGGUUCACACUUAAGUUCUAGCAGGUGAUUAAAUUACUAGAAAGGCAAAAUAGCACAGAUGCUGGAAAUCUGAAAUAAAACAGAGCAAAAAAUUGCUGAAGAUAGCAGGUCAGGCAGCAUCCAUAAAGAGAGAACAACAUUGGAGUCAUUAAUCUGAAAUGUUAAUUCUACUUCUCUCCCCACAGAGUCUGCCUGACCUGAGUAUUUCCAGCAUAUCUUGUUUUAGAUCAAACUACUAGGUUUUUCAUUUCCUUCAGUACUGAAAGUACUGUGGAACUCUGUUACGUGAGUACUUUGUAUUGGUCUGCCUUUAAUUUUGCUUUCUUCCAGUAAUGGCUAGUGUUUCAAUCAAUGGCUGUCAUUAUCCAUGAGGCACAAAUGUAAUAUGUCAAUUGUUAUCUUAGAACAUUGUCACAAGGACUAGGUCACCAUGUGGCCUAGAUGCCUGAAGCUAAUAUAUGUAGAAGUAAGAUUUAAUUGUCUGUUUGUGUUAUGAAACCCAAAUGGGAUGGGGAAGGCAAAUAAAUUUCAUAUAAAAUAUGUUGGAUCCAAUGCUGUACAAUAUUGAUUCAAUGUGAUAUACAUUUAGUGUUUAAGCAGUUUUAAACAUGCCACUUGUUAAUAUAUUGAUUAUGUAAAAUAGUUUUUAUUUUGAACUCUUUAUUCAUAUGUCCAGUAAAAUUAUGUUA